UGUUUUGAUCAUCUGCUGCCGACGUUUUUUAUCCAAGCCGUAUCUGCCGUUGCAUUGGAAAGCGUGCCGUCUCUCUCUCUCUCUCUCUCUCUCUCUCUCAUAUACACCAUUCCAAACUGAAACUCAUACCAACAACGCCUGAUACCUCAUCGCUUGGAGGAUCAAAACAGGAAAGCAGUCAGACGACGCAGUUGCAUCCAUGGACACGUCAGCUCAACGCCGCCUCCGCGCCAUUCAAAACCACCUCACCUCCACCGCCGCCGGCAACGACGAGCGGUCUCUUCUCCGACCGAACAACACCGCCGGCGAGUUCUUCUCCGCAGAGCAGGGGUAUAGUGCAGUGCUUCCAGAGAAAUUGCAGACUGGGAAGUGGAAUGUGUACAGAUCUGCAUGGUCUCCUUUGAAGCUUGUUAGCAGGUUUCCAGAUCAUCCUGAAAUUGGUACCUUACAUGACAAUUUUGUGCAUUCAGUUGAGACUUUUCGGGACUACAAAUACUUGGGUACACGAAUUCGGGUCGAUGGUUCAGUUGGAGAGUACAAGUGGAUGACAUAUGGAGAAGCAGGUACCGCUCGGUCAGAAAUUGGUUCUGGUCUAGUAUAUCGGGGUAUACCAAAGGCGACUUCAGUUGGGCUGUAUUUUAUCAACAGACCAGAGUGGGUAAUUGUUGAUCAUGCGUGUUCGGCUUAUUCGUACACUUCGGUGCCUUUAUAUGACACUCUUGGUCCAGAUGCUGUUAAGUACAUUGUAAACCACGCUGUUGUGCAAGCCAUAUUUUGUGUUCCCGAGACAUUGAACAUUUUGUUGAGUUUCUUGUCUGAGAUUCCGUCUGUACGUCUUAUAGUGGUGGUUGGAGGGAUCGAUGAACUUCUGCCAUCACUUCCGUCGACCACGGGAGUUGAAGUUCUUUCAUAUUCAAAGCUACUUGGUGAGGGCCGCAGUAACCCUCAGCCUUUUUGCCCUCCAAAGCCUGACGAUGUUGCUACUAUUUGCUAUACAAGUGGAACAACUGGGACUCCAAAGGGAGCUGUAUUGUCUCAUGGAAACUUGAUUGCGGAUGUUGCUGGGUCAAGUCUUGCCGUCAAAUUCCAUUCUUCGGAUAUUUUUAUAUCAUAUCUUCCUUUGGCUCACAUAUAUGAGCGGGCUAACCAGGUCACCUGUGCGCAUUAUGGAGUUGCUGUUGGGUUCUACCAGGGAGACAACUUGAAACUAAUGGAUGAUAUGGCUACUUUAAGACCUACUAUAUUCUGCAGUGUUCCUCGGUUGUACAACAGAAUAUAUUCUGGGAUUAUGAAUGCUGUGAAGACAUCUGGUGGUCUGCGAGAGAGGUUAUUUAAUGCUGCCUAUAAUGCUAAGAAGCAGGCUAUAUUGAACGGGAAGAUUCCAUCUCCCAUGUGGGACAGGUUGGUAUUUAAUAAAAUUAAGGGAAAGCUUGGAGGAAGGGUUCGUUUAAUGGCAUCAGGCGCUUCACCCUUGUCUCCUGAUGUAAUGGACUUCCUGAGGGUGUGUUUUGGUUGUCAUGUUCUGGAGGGAUAUGGUAUGACUGAAACUUCAUGUGUUAUAACCUCUAUGGAGGAGGGCGACAAUCUUUCUGGCCAUGUUGGCUCUCCUAAUCCUGCUUGCGAAGUAAAGCUUGUAGAUGUUCCAGAAAUGAAUUAUACAUCCGAGGAUCGGCCCUAUCCACGGGGUGAAAUCUGUGUGCGAGGUCCCAUCGUAUUCCGUGGCUACCAUAAAGAUGAAGUGCAAUCGAGAGAAGUAGUUGAUGAAGAUGGGUGGCUUCAUACAGGGGACAUAGGGUUGUGGUCAGCUGGAGGUCGCCUAAAGAUAAUUGAUAGGAAGAAGAACAUAUUUAAGCUGGCACAGGGUGAGUACAUAGCUCCUGAGAAAGUUGAGAACGUAUAUGCUAAAUGCAAGUUCGGUGCUCAGUGCUUUGUUUAUGGUGACAGCUUCAACUCCUCCUUGGUUGCUGUUGUCUCGGUAGACCCAGAUGUAUUGAAAGCUUGGGCUGCAAAUGAGGGCAUUAAGUACAAUGAUUUAGAAGAAUUGUGCAGCGACCCAAGAACAAGGGCCGCUGUCUUGGCUGACUUGGAUGCCCUUGGAAGGGAAGCUCAGCUGAGAGGUUUUGAAUUUGCAAAAGCUGUGACUUUGGUGCAUGAACCCUUCACUAUGGAGAAUGGUUUGCUCACACCAACAUUCAAGAUCAAGAGACCUCAAGCAAAGGCGUAUUUUGCGAAAGCGAUAGCUGACAUGUACGCCGAGCUUUCAACGUCUGAUCCUUCGCCCCAGAAACUGUUGUGAAGCACAAAGGAAAAGAGAGAGGAAAGAUAGAACUUAAGCCAAGUGUGUCUGCUUGGGAUUCAUGGAGCUUACGGCCGGAAGUAUUGGAACAACGAAAACAGCAAUGAAACAAUUCCAGUUGUUGUCCCGUUGAAUAACGUAUUAACGUGGAAUAUCGAUUCUUUUGGUUUGUUGUUUUUUCCCUCGCAAAAUUAGAAGAAAGAAAUAAAAUAGUGAUUGGGAAAUAAUUAGCUGAUUCUUGCAAGGUCUCUCAAGUUCAUUGAGAACAUAUACCUCUUGUAGUCCAAAAUAAAUCGUUAUUACUGUACCAAAUUUUCAAAGUAACUAAAUUUCACAAACUAA